CAACAAUCCUGUCACACCUGCAGUAGCUCCGUUGGUCACUGUGCAUACUGUCACCUACUACACCUACUUAAGUAAUCAUGGAAAAGCGUGUUGCAGUUAUUCUUUCUGGCUGCGGAGUCUAUGACGGCACAGAGAUCCACGAGGCCUCUGCCGUCCUGGUCCAUCUGAGUCGUGCUGGAGCAAAAGUGCAGAUGUUUGCCCCCGACGGAGAUCAGAUGCACGUUGUAAAUCACUGCGAGGGGAAACCUACUGAGGAGAAGAGGAACAUCCUGCAGGAAAGCGCUCGUAUUGCUAGGGGCGACGUGACUGAUCUGGCCAAGCUGGAUGUCUCAGCGUUUGAUGCUGCCAUCAUUCCAGGAGGGUUUGGUGUGGCUAAGAACCUGAGCGACUGGGCUUUAAAAAACAAGAGCUGCACCGUCCAGCCACAUCUGGAGAAGAUCAUCAAGGAUUUCCACAAAGCAGGAAAGCCUCUGGGCAUGUGCUGCAUUUCCCCUGUCCUGGCUGCAAAGCUGCUGCCCGGCUGUGAGCUGACCGUGGGGCAGGACAAAGAGUGUGAAAAGUGGCCGUUUGCUCAGACGGCUGGAGCUCUGAAGGACAUGGGCUGCAAACAUGUGAACAAAGACGUGGAUGAAGCUCACGUUGAUGUCAAGAACAAGCUGGUCACCACCUCUGCCUUUAUGUGCAACGCUCCCGUUCACAAAGUGUUUGAUGGAAUCGGCGUCAUGGUUCAAGAAACACUGAAACUUGUCUAAAGAGUGUUAUUACAUAUCUGGUUGUACAUACCUGUUUAAAACAUGCAUCAAAUGUGUUCAUGAGCAUUUUGGCUAUUGUUAAAAUGCAGCAAUUUGCUUUAAUGUAAUUGUAACAGUGUGGAUUGUUUUAAAUUUUCAAUAAAAUGCUUUCUCAAUAUUA